AUGACUCAUCUCCGUAUCUCUCACACAAGCAUUUGCGUUGGAGAUUUUUGCCUGGUUGCCCCCGAGUUUAUGCCCGAUUCUGAGUCCGAGGAUGGAACUCCACUUGUGACACCAAUACAUACCAGUUUUGGUAGCGUACCGGAUCCCACAGGUAUAUCAAUGGAAUUCGAGAGGCUCACUGAGGUUCCGCACAACGUUUCAGAUAAAUGCUCCUUGUGGGAAAGUGGAUACAAGUGCCCCAUGGCACCACGGGUUGAUAAUGGCUCCUUCGACUAUAACCCCGCACGUAAACACGAGCCAAACUCUGGAUUGGAUACGUCUUUAUGUUCUGGCACAAACAACUGUAGAAGCGAUUGUAGCGAUGGAUUUAAUAAGGCGCUAAUGGGACAAUACCAUUUACUCGGGCCCGAACCCUCCAAACACCCACGAGGACAAGCGAGGCGAACCGGUAGCAUACUUUCGUAUGCAAGUUCCAGUACCUUAGAGGAUCAAUAUCGCAUUAGGGCAGUUCCUUGCGCACCUCGUCCAGAUACAGGGUCAUGGUUAUCGAUCUCGGAAACUGUUGCGCCUAUCAUUAAUGGAGUUCGGUUCCUGAGCGAGAAGCCGACCAUCCACUACUCGAUGCUCCAAGAUGUUGCCCAGUCAACUCCCACAAAGUCUAUCUCAUCCAAGUGCCUUGCGACAAGUAGUAAAGUUGAUUUCAUUAAAAGUUCAAUAGAUGGAUCGCCGACUCGGGUUGUGAGAUGGAACCUUGGUCUAGGCUUGACAUUGGACGACAUUUCUGAGCCUGAUGGUUGCGGCACCAGCAUUGGCGAGGCGUCGGUGGAGUUCGCCGAAGAUUCCUUUUUCGACUUAGGAAUAGACUCUGGAUUUUGCUCCACCACUGAUACUACACUGAAUACGACUACUGAGACAAUCCCAGACUUGGUAGAUCCAUCUCCGAAAAAUCCAGUCUAUGAGGCGGUCCGUAUCAUGGGGUCAGAAUUAGGAAUCACUCCACAACUGGGAAUGUUGUCUAUACAAGGGCAUCACGAAAAUGUCAAACGACAAAGGACACAAAUUGUCAACAUGUUGAGACCAGGAACGCGAGUCGCUUAUACAACACAACUCUUACCGGAUAUAAACGCUCAUUCCGCUGAGAGAUUGGAUGAAUGCGGUGGGUCUUGUGAUUCGUCAAAUGGAGUGCCGCCAACCGGAUCCACAUUGGAAUUUUUGGCGGGAGAAGCACAGGGAAUACAACAUCGAAUCGCGGACACACCUAUUUUUACACUACUACCUCCCAUCGAGCUUUGA